AAUAAUUCAUGCGAAAAUCGUUUUUGUUCUAUUCAGAUAAGGACGAAAGUAGCAAGAACGAUUUUGACAUUUGACAGUCUCGGACUACGUGCGCAAUGGUACCGUCGUUUGGGUAGCAGGAAUGCCCCCCUCUGUUGAUUAAAAUUUGAAACAUUAUUAUAUGCUUCUAUCUAAACAAGGUCAACAGUUUUCAUCAACUCUACAACGAAAAUAAUUAAGAAUCAGUGUAUAUUAUGCCUUUAUCUUUAAAGAAAGUGCUUUUUGUCCGUCAUUAUCUAAGAUACAUGCGCGAGUGUCCGCGAAAAUGAUCUGUACUUUGUUUUUCGCAAUCACAUCGUUACAUGAACAUGGAUGACCUAAAAUGCGAAUACGUGAAGAAGAAAAGAUGCUUUGGACUGUCACAAGUAACGUUAUCAACGGCAAUUAUAAUGUCCUGUGUACCGACUAUGAUCAAUCGAAAACAUAUCUUCGCAUAACGAUCGUUGAAUUUUCGAUGUACAAAAGUGAAAAUGUGAUGUGUCAAACUGAUUGUUUACGUCGCGGCGCACAGGUGAGCGUGAGCUGUUUGUAGUAGUGGCACGCAGGGCGGCGAGGCUGCCGCGGCCAGGGGCCAGGUGCGCGGGCAUGGCGGGUCGGGAGAGCCCCGCCAACGGCGGGUACGAGGCGGCGGAGCCCGCGCUCCGUGUACGCAAGGACCUGUUCGCGGAAGUGCGCCUGCCCAAGCCGGGCGACGUCGCCGCCGAUGUGGACGCUGACGCGGACGACUCGCAGCAGGACCUGCUUGAGGAGAGCAUCUCGUGCGUCAACCUCGAGACAGAUUUCGAGAAGAGCAUUGAUGAGAUCGCCAAUCAAAAGCUGCAGGCCAAUGGCGCCCUGUCGCCCCCGGAGCGUCGGCACCCGCGCUCACGGCAUCGCAAACACAAACAGCACUCCAGGCACAACUCCCACUCCCAUGGAGAGCAGUCACCUCCUAAUGGCUGCCUCCCGCAAAAGAAGAAAAAGAAGAAGUCUCGCCACAACCACUCACCCACCAAUGCGGUGACAUUACAUGUGAAAGGUGGAAAGAACUUGAACUUAGUGAGUAGUAGCGAGUGCCAGGUAGAGCAGGAUGCUGACGAGGACAGUUCGGAGGAUGAAGUGCUCAAAUUUAGUGUGAAGUUACCUUUAAUUAAUGUAGUGCGGCAGAGUGGCAAGCCAUACAGUCACGAACUUAGUCAAUUAUCAACAAAAAAGAGCAAAUCCAAGGACUUUGUGAAGGAAAGAAGGACUCAUACUGUGACACCGUGUAGUGGAAAGCCCAGAUCUAUGUUAGAUAUUUGUAGUUCCAAAAGCAAGAAAAAAUCUAAGAAAUCGGAUAGUGGCCCCACAUAUCACAGUCAGAUUGUGGACACUAAUACUAUUAAAAUAAAAAUUAGAAGAACCAGUGUUCAUGAAACGGUGCCGCCGACCCCGACGUCGAUAGCCGACAUCGGCCAGAGUAAGUCUAAGAAGAAGCGCGCGGCGUCGCCGGUGUGCAGCGUGAGCUCGGGCGAGGAGUACGACCCGGCGCACCCCGAAACCGCCGCCGCCGUCAGCGUCGCCGCGCCCAAGCCGCGCCACCCGCCAACCAAGACGAAAAAAUCUAACUCUAAAAGUAAAACCGAAAAGACUGACAAAAGUAGGGUUAGCGGUUCGAGCAGUAAGGAAAGCGGACCCCAGAGCGGGUGGGCGAGCUCCAUGCCGGAAGAGAUUCUCGUAAAGAUUUUCGAAUACAUAGUGGCUUCACAGGGGACUUUGCCGUCCGUUAUCAAGCUUGGUAAAGUGUGCAAGCUGUGGCACGCCGUCAGCCUCCGGCCGGAGCUGUGGAAGCAGGUGGACCUGGCGCAGUACACCAGCGAGACGCACAAAACCGAUUACAGACUGGUUUCGCUCCUCGAAAAUCGGUUAUCUCAUUGCCAGAGUCUUAAUAUCGCCCAGUGGAAGGUGUGCAACGUGUCGUGGGUGCUGGCGUGCCUGGUCGAGUACUGCCCGAACCUGGCCGAGCUCAGCGUGGCGGGCUGGAGCCGCCUCACGCCCGAGCAGCUGUACGACCUCGCGCAAGGGCUGCCCAAGCUUCAGCGGAUGGAUCUCUCACUCACGUCGGAGACGGGCGGUUCGAGCACAUGUCUCUCGGCGGGGUCGAUGGCGCGCCUGGCCGCCAGCUUCGGCGAGCGCUUCACACACCUCACGCUGGCCAACAACAAGUUCACGGCGCUGCCUCAGAUACUCUCCUCUAUCGCGGCGCACUGUCCGAAUUUAGAGGUGUUGGAUAUAUCGGGCGCGCGAGCUACGUCGCACCCGGCGGCAGUGCCUCUGGAGGCGUUGCAGAAGGGCUGCCCCAAGAUGAGGGUGUUCAGUGCCGCGAACUCGCAGCUAGUACUGGCCUCUGCUACUAAGUCGCAACAGAUGGAGUGUGUCGGCUGGACGAUGCUGGAGGAGCUGUCGAUCGCGGCGGAGGCGGCGACGGAGCGCCUGGGCGUGGGCGAGUACCGGCUCGGCGACGAGGCGCUGGCGCGGCUCGUGCGCGACGCCACGCGGCUGCGGCUGCUCGACCUGCGCGGCCUGCACCGCCUGUCCGACUCGGGGCUGGUGCGCGUGCCGGCCUGGGACCUGCAGCACCUGUUUCUGGGCGGUUGCAACGUAACCCGCAAGAGUAACUCGUGCCUGGAGCUGAUCUGCGAGAAGUGGUCGCACAGCCUGCUCGAGCUGGACCUGUCUUGGGCGUCCGCCGAGCGCGUGCUCGACACGGCCGUGUGCGCGCUGGCCGACGCGCCGCACAGCAAGCUCAGAACUUUGAACUUGUUCGGGUCAUCUGUAUCGUUAGAACCUGUGAAAAAGAUUCUAAUGCGGUGUCCGGAGCUGGAGUCGCUGAACUUGGCGGCGUGCCGCGCCCUGCCGCGCGGCAUGAAGCGCCUCUACACCGGCAAGGAGCUGCAGAACCUCAAGGACAGCUACGACCCCGCCAAGGCCAAAACCAAGGAAGACUCCGACAAAGAGGACGCCGACGCCUCGAGUAAAAAAGACAAAAAGUGUCGAGACGACUUUAAAUCGGAGUCCGCCAACACGCCCAAUCGUGACGACGACGAAAAGUCCGCUGCCAAAGUAGAAGCCAAGUCACCUGACAAGUCUUCCUCGAGCGUUUUCCAGGAACCUAAAAGCGUAUCCGAUACCACCGUCAUAACUGAUAAGAAGCUUUCCGAAGUAUCGACGAAAUAUUCACCAGAUUCUAAGGCGGAGUCUUCCACUAGCAAAGAUGGCGUGGACACUCCCGUCCACACUCCAGAGGGCAAACAUUCUACGAGAGAGCCGACUCCGAAACUUCUCAGUCCCAUCGUACAGUCCAAACCCGAUUCCUCCUCCACUCCGAGAUCUGAUUCGGCCAAAACUGAUCUCGGCAGCCCCCACUUCAGUCCCGUGCCAAAACCCGAUAGUCAAGUGCAAAAUAGUCCCGAAGUAUUAUCAGAAUCCUUCAAAAGCAACUCCUGGAACCUGGGACAGUUUAAAACGACCCCGACACACAGAUCUGAAGCUAGUCCUCUCAAUCGCUUAGACAGCCACAGCAGAGUGAAAGCUAGUAAAGUUAUAGAACAAUGUAGCCCAACAACGUCAUUAGAAAAUAAACUUAGUCCAGAAAUCGUGGGAGCCAAGCAGGAUAUAAAGAAUCCUAAUAGUUGGAAUUAUGGUAAUUAUAGUCCAAUGACCAGGCAGGAUAGUCAGUUCCCUUCCCAGAAGAGCCCAUAUUCUGCACAACCGAGUCCGGCGCAACCCAGCCCGUACUCUGCUCAGCCUAGUCCGUACUCCACUCAACAAAGUCCAUACUCCUCCCAACCUAGUCCUUAUUCCGCCCAGCCUAGUCCUGACACCAGUCAAAUGGUGAAAUCAGACAUCCCUAAAUCUGGCGCUUGGAACGCUGGCAAUUACAGCCCGAUGCCAAAGCACCACGCCCCGUUUUCGCCUCAUCCGUCGACCCACACGAGCCCGGAUCCUGGCCUAGGAGUUAAAAGUGACUCCCUUAGAAGUAAUCCCAAUAAAACUCCCGGUCAGUAUAGCCCUAUGUCGCGGCAAGAUCGAUUGCACCAGAGUCCGUACUCCCCGCGACCCAGCGCAGAAAAUGUCGCGUACAACAACAAAAAGAGCCCCGGCGUCGGCGGUUACAGUCCCAUGAUGCGGCCAGACUGCCACCUACCGAGCCCGGACGGCGGGCAAAGCUCGAGGCCGACAAUUGGUCGGACGCAGGACGUGUUCGGACGGCAAGCGGCGAAGCUGUCCGACAUGAUGGCCGGCGGCGGCACGGAGCCGCCCGGCGCGUGGGGCCUGGACAGGUUCAGCCAGCUGGGCAACCCGAGCAUGGAGUCGCUGGUGUGGGGCGCCGGCGGCUCGUACUCCGCGGAGUCGACGCACGCCGCGCCGCGCCUCGACAACAUUCCCCCCAUGCUGAACACGCCACCCCCGCAGGCGUGGCCCGGCCUGCCCGCGUUCACCUCUAGUGCGCGGAGACCCAAUAACGAUAUGAGUGACCCGUGGACAUUAGGUCAGUUUCGUGUGGAGCCUCCUCACCAAGUGCACAAUACGUUUGUGGAACAGAACGUGUCGUUCGACUCGCUGAGUGCGCCGCACGCGCUGCCGCACCUGCCGCAGAGCUACCUGGGCGACGGCUUCUCGGGCUCGCGUCUCGAAUGACGCCCGGCCGCGCACCUCACCGCGUUCACGGCGUAUGUAUACACCUUGAACAAUUAUCAUGUAGAGAUUGUAUAUAAGAUUAUCUUUUUUAGAUGUAGCAUUAACAAGCGUAGGUUUGCAUUAAAAUUAUUUUGCAGCCUAUGAUAGGAAGAUGAGAGCUGAAUGUUAUAUAAGUAAUUCAUCCAUCUUAGAAGUUGGAUUAUACACUGAGCUAGAUUUUAGAGUGAUUCUUUCUUACGAUACCAAACAGUUUUCAUACCGUUUAAGAGACCAAGAUGAUAUUCUGCUUUCCCGAUGCAGCAUCAUGUUUUCGUGGAGGCGAUAAGUUUUUACAAUCUGCAGGUACAGAUAUUUUGCCCUUGAUUAAUUACACCGGAAUAGUACAUCGUACAGGAGUUAUAUAUGUGUAUAUAUAAAUAUUAUAUUGACGUAUAUACUGUCAAGACCUUGUUAUUCGAGGAGCCACAUGUUUUACAAAUAUACCUCAGUAGAUUAUGAAAUAGUGCCUCAGAAUCUCGAUAGUGAGUAUAAUACAAACGAUUAUUAGAAGCAGAGGUUUGAAUCAUCAGUUAAAACUACUACUGGCUGCCAGAGAGGGAUGUAAUGAAUUA